AUGUGCCCUGGUUGGAUGUGAAUAUAAGUAACAAUCCUUAACAGCAGCUCCUCAUCUGAUUAUAAGUGUGAACAGUAGCAACAAUGAAACACGUUUCAGAACUGGUUUUGCUCCUUCUCCUGGGAAUGUCCUCAGCAUGCACGCAUCAAAAUGUGGCCCUGCAUGGAAAAGCAACCCAGUCAACCUGUAUGAGUGCGGUACUGUCGGCUGCCUACGCUGCAAUUGAUGGAAACCGUGAUUCUGACCUUCACCACGGAUCAUGCUCGCACACCGAUCAACAGACCGACCCCUGGUGGAGAGUGGACUUGCUCGAGUCCUACAUUGUCACUUCCCUCACCAUCACCAACAGAGGAGACUGCUGUCAUGAAAAGCUCAACGGGCUGGAGAUCUACAUAGGCAACUCUUUGAAUAAUGAUGGCUUAAAUAACCCAAAGGUUGGAAAAAUUUCUGAAGUUGGUGCAGGCAAAUCCUACACUGUGAAUUUCGCUGGUCGUGUGGAGGGGCGUUAUGUAACCUUGACUCUUCCUGGUUCAGAAAGGGUCCUCGCACUCUGUGAAGUGGAAGUCUACGGAUAUCACGCUCCAACUGGAGAAAAUCUUGCACUUCAAGGAAAAGCCUCACAGUCCUCACUCUAUACAAUUGGUAUUGCCUAUAAUGCCAUAGAUGGAAAUCAUAACAGCAUAUGGGAUGGGGCAUCAUGCACUUGUACAAAACCUGACUUCAGUCCCUGGUGGCGACUCGAUCUGCGCAAAACCCAUAAAGUUUUUUCUGUUAAGGUAUUGAAUGUAAUAGAUUCUCUCCCAGAACGACUAAAUGGAGCCGAGAUCCGCAUCGGAGAUUCUCUUGAAAACAAUGGCAACUAUAAUCCCAGGUGUGCUGUGAUCUCAAGCAUCCCAGGAGGUUCCAUUCAAGAGUUCCACUGUAACGCGAGUGACGGGAUGGGGAUGGAUGGCCGCUAUGUUAACAUAGUCAUCCCUGGAAGAAAUGAAUACCUGACUCUGUGUGAAGUGGAAGUGUAUGGCUCUGUCCUCGAUUGUAAAGCUUGUGAAGAAUAACUGUGCAAGGUUUCUCUUACAGUUUUAGAUACACAAUAACACAAUAAAAUGUUUUCCCAAAUUCAUAGGAACCUGCAAAAACAAAUAAAUAAAGAAAACAAAAAACAAAAUCACAACAAAACUGUAAUUUAUUAGAGUAAAUUAUGCUGGAGGAAAACCAAUAUUAUUUAGACAUAAUUUGUGAACAUCAAUACUUGUACAAAUACAUUUUAAAAAAAUAUUUAUGCAUAUUUUAUUUUCAAAAAUGUUUUGGCUGUAUAUUAAUUCUGAACUGAUAAUUUUAAUGUGUCAUCUUUGCUUUAAUUAGUUAUUUGUAAAUAAUUAAUCUGAGACUCAUCAGAGCAGACAGCGUAUUUCCAGUCUUCUAUUAUCCAACUUUCAUGAGUUAGUGCAAACUGCUGUAGUCCAUCUGUUGUAAGGUUUGAUAUGUUCUGCAUUCAGAGAUGCUGUUCUGAAUACCUUCAUUGUAAUGAGAGUUUUUUUGAGUUACUGCUGCCUUUUUAUCAGCCUAAAGCAGUCUGGCCAUUUUCGUGUAAUCCCUGGCAUCAGUAAACCAUUUUAAUGCCUUGGAUCCAACUUCUGCUCACUGGAUAUUUUCUUCCAGUACAUUAGCAAUUUCUGAAAUAAGACCUGACCAACUGGCACCGAUAACCACACUGCAUUAAAAUCAGCUGCAUUAAUAGAUCUGUGAAAGAGUUUCUUAAUGACAGUUACACAUUUAAUUGUCAUUAGAAAGCUAAAAGUACGUGAAGUUCAAAAUGCACCAUUGGAAUAUAAGCCUAAUUGUUCCUGAAAGCCUACAAAAAUUUGGGUUUUUUUUAAUGACAAAUUGAUCUAUGAUAAACGAUUCCAUUAAUCGGAUUUUUUUUUACUCAUAGAGCUUUUGAAAUUAUCAUUCCACUUAUCUUUCAGAUACAAGGACAUUUCAAAAUGGCCCCAAACUUUGAAGCAAAAUUAUAUUUUGUAAACGUCUGAUUACAUCUUGAGUAAUAAGUAGGAGGAUAUUGCCAAAUAACCAGAAAAAAACAUCAGUGCUGUGGAGAACUGCUUUACUAAUUCUUGAAAAUGUAAUUCACAAGUGAGGAAGUGAAACAAAUGUGCAUGGGCACAAACAGUAGGAAGCAACUGGAUAGUUUUGAGGAGAAUAUGAAUGUGGUUUCUGAUGAUUGGUCAGUUGUUGUUCAGCAGAGGCGGAGCUGCAUAUACAUAUAAAACACACACAGAAACAACAUCAGUAGUAGCGCUUCUCUUUGCCUGAAUCAUCAAUUUCCAGGAAGAAGCAUCUGCUCAGUCUGGAUACUCAAGUAACACAUUUCAUUUCUUUUCUUGAAAGUGAUUAUCUU